GCCUUGUUGUGUGAAAUGCGUGCACGAUUUGCUGAUUUGCUCAUGCUGUGCGGAGAUAUAGAGACCAAUCCCGGUCCUGACAGGGCAGCGAUGAUGGAAAUGUUAACUAAUAUCUCGGUCGACAUUAAGGAAAUUAAGCUCAGCCAGGCUGCGACAACAUCGAGACUAGAGAAAAUAGAAUCGCGCCUCGAAGGCCUUGAAGAACUCAGGUCCGUUGUGAACAAAAACUGCGACAAGACCAACCGCCUCGAAGCCACCAUCACAUCACUCUCGAACAAAAUUGAUUAUUUAGAGAACCGUAGCAGAAGAAACAAUCUAAUUAGUUUUGGUCUUUCUGAACUACCUAACAAAGAGAGUAGCACCCUCGAGGAUAGAGUAACUAAAGAGAUUCUUGGUGGAAAACUAAAUGUAAAGAUUAAUGGAAUCGAUCGUAUACUUCGCCUUGGGAGGCCAGCUCAUGGCAAAACCCGUCCAGUAAUAUUUCGACUCGUAAACUUUAAAGAUAAAUUGAAUAUUUUACGCAACUGCAAUAAAUUGAAAAAUGAACGACUCUCGAUUAGUGAAGACUACUCAAAGCGAAUUCAGGGCAUUAGAAAAAAAUUACUUGAUAGCUCGAAAUCAAAUAAACUUGCUGGUGAUAAGGUCACGCUUACCUAUGACAAAAUUAAGAUAAAUGGCACAGUAUAA